UUGUGACAACCCUACAGGUGCUCCAGUGGUGGUAUGUAAAUACCAGCGUAAAAUGCAAGUUAUAGGAGAAGAGAUUGCGUGAUUGAAGUUUUAGGAAGAUGUGUGGCAUUUAGAAGUAUAAGUUGCUAACAAUUAGACUAUUUUCAGGUGUGAAAAACACUUGAAAAUAGAGCGGAAGUCUAAUUUUCUUCCCGUCGUCCUGCCAUGGAAACAUCAACAUGGCUGCACCAGGACCCGAAGUGACAGCUCUUAUGAAAAGAGGGAAACGAAAUACUGCCAGUUAUUAUAAAGGAGAGUGUUUUCGCAGGGGUGGAAAUAACCAAUCGCUAAAUAAUCUUUUGGACAGUUUAUUCGACCCAAAAACAAAAUCUAUUGACGAUGUUGACACGAUUGACUGGUGUCGAUGGCUGAUUGCUGGAGGAUCCACAUUUGACGAAUUCACAAAAACAGUUAAACAAUAUGACAAUGCAAUUAUCUGUGGACUGGUAUGGACCGCCAACUUUGUGGCUUACCGCUGCCGGACUUGUGGGAUCUCGCCGUGUAUGUCGCUGUGUGCAGAGUGUUUUCAGGCAGGACAACAUGAGGGACAUGACUUCAAUAUGUUCCGCAGCAAAGCGGGCGGGGCGUGUGACUGUGGCGACGUCAGUGUCAUGAACAAAGACGGGUUUUGUUUGCGUCAUGGACCAGACCGUGGGAAGCAACACUCCACCCCUCCUCUAGACCUGCUGGCCAUCGCCGAAGCCAUGCUACCUAGAGUAGUCCUCCGACUCAUACACCAUCUCAGAGACAGCUCAAAUCCAGACAUGCAGGGUACCUACUCUCUGGCCAUGCAGGAUGCAGAGCAGUACCUCACUUUCCUGCACAGUCUCAGUGACAUGGGGGCAGCCAUGAGGAAAGUCAUGGGCCAGGCACUCACAAACCCGGUCAUCUACAAAAACAUGACAGAAGUUGAAAAUCCAGAAGAGGAUACAACUUCCUAUAAAGCAGAAAGCCAGAAGAAAUUCAAAGCCACAGUAGAAAAUAUGAAAUACCCAAAAGUCUUUGACGAUUACAUAGGAAUGCUGGCUGGGAUGCCAGGACUAACACAGACAUUAAACCACCAAACCCUGCUGGAGGAACUGGUCUUCUGGAUGGUCAAGUUUGAGUUCCCACAGAGGAUGGUCACUCUUCUCCUCAGCCUACUUCCGGACGACGACUACAAGGAAGCGUUUACCAGAGCCUUCAUUGAUCACUACAGCAGGAUAUCGCUGGUGCUGGUGAACGGACUGAGUCGGCCGGCCAUCGCUAAUCGGGUUGUCCACAUCAGCGUGCAGUUGUUUAGUAACGAGACAUUGGCUAAAAAGAUGGUCGAAGAGUAUAACCUGUUGUAUACCCUCAUCCUAAGUCUCACCCACAUGGUGGAGAACAUCGUUACGCAGAGCACACUACAAGAUGCCCAGAUGAACAUGCACAUGGUGGUGGACUGUGAUAACGAUGUGAUGAAGGACCACUGUUACUGGCCAGUGGUCAGCGACCUCAUUAACCUUCUGUCCCAUCAAUCCAUAUCCCACAAGUUCCUCGGCGACCUUCGACUCAUCAACAUGUGGCUUGAACUUCUCUGCUACUUCCAAGGUAUGAACUUGAACCAGCGUGAGCUGAGCCAGCACAUGGGGUUCGAACCAGAGACAUACUACGCUGCCUUCUCAGCCGAACUGGAAAUCGCUUCGUCACCAAUGUGGUCUCUCAUGUUCCACUGCAAAAAUAAGGAGACGGCCAAUUUCACCAAGAGUAUGGUAUCUGUUUGUCUGGAGAACCUGAGGGAAUGGUUCGAUGCCAUCAACUGUAUGGAGUCUACAAAGCCGAAUCCAUACCAGUUGUCCUUUCACCUGCCGUUACAUCGCUACUUGGCAAUAUUCCUGGUACAUGGUGUUCAGAAUCAAGAGAUCCCUAUUACGGACUUUGAUUUGGCUCCAAAGAAGAUGAAAACUAUCCUUCACCACCUGUUACAGAUACAGGUCUGUGUUUCUGAGGUGUACGCCAACAUGUGGAUAAGGAAUGGUCUCCAGAUCCGUGGUCAAGCGAUGACCUAUGUCCAGUGUCACUUCUGCUAUUCCAUGGUGGAUGCUGAUCUAUGUCUACAACAGGUGUGUGCCUGUAAGUUGGACCCCGACUACUUUGUACAGACUGUUUUAGAAAGAUAUCAUGUGACUGACUGGUUAUCCUACUCAAACCACCCCAACACAGACCCGAGCUUUAAACUGGAGCUGGAGCAACAACUGGCCAUGGUGGACGCUGCAUUGUCAUAUCUGGUCACUCUUCUAGGAGUGCGGACAUACUUAGGUAUAGACGAGAAGGACCUGGUCAGACUUGAGAUGUCCACAUUGCUGUGUGUCAGUGACCGCCAGCACAGCCAACUGACCGACCUGAUGCCGGAGAAGUCGGGAAUGAUAGGUCAUGGCACGGAACUAUUUGAACCCACACUGAAGGAGUUGGCAGAUUAUAAAGCACCAAACUUUGAGGCAGGGGCAGGAUUACAACAAGGAACCUAUGUACCUAAAGAUUUUAUUUGGGAGAGGGAGUUUGACCCUGUCCAUGUCGCUUUACGAGCCGUGUACAAAAAGGACUUCCAAUCUUCCAUGGACAGAUACAGCGCAUUUGUUCGGCAGAACGGGAAGUAUUCUGGGAAGACACCGCCUUGGCCCCCGUUCAAACCUCCAGGGGAGAUAAACCCCGCAUAUAAAGACAUGUUUAAGAUUCUCCACUGUAGAACUCUUCAUGCCUUCCUAUUUACAGUCUUACAUAGGGCACUGACUCGUAAUAAUGUACCGGAGAGCUGUCUGUAUUAUUGUAUUCACCUGUUAAACCUUGCACUCACCCUACCAUGUACAGACACCAGGAGAAGGACCAAAACAUUUCGAGGCUGUGCCCCUAACGGAGAUUACAAGGACUGGUUUUCUUCCACCAAUUUACUUCAAAAUGCUUGUGAUACUAUUAAGGAGGUGCAUGUCUCAGUCCUCAGCCUCGAGCCGGGUGACAACUUCACCUUCCCCGCUGAUGUUGACCUCAUGAACUCUAGUCUCGAGGAGAUGUUCCAGAUGGCACCAAGCACUGUUUUGAGUUCAGGAGGCCCGAUAACUGCGGCCCACUCCGGCCACAUUCCCAGCCAUCCUGCUCUGGUUCCCAUGUCAAGCGAGGGAACGUUUCCGGUCAUGCCAAUCCACUCUCUCUCUAGUCACUCCGGUGCCAAAACAAACGACAAACCAAAAUACGAAAGUAAAGGUGUAUCUACAGAGACAGCUCCACCUGUUCCAAUCCCUAUCAACGAGAGUUUAAUUUCUCUUUUAAUGAAACUGCAUUGUAAGCUUUCGGGCAAGGCUGGUUCCUAUGUACCGCUGUCAAUGUGUAAAAGACUUCCUUCAUUGUCACGUGUUGGGGACGGCUCACAUUUCAUCACAUGCUUACUAGACAAAAUGUCACAACAAAGUUCUAACUGUGCAAAGUUGAUUGAGGAAACGUACCAACAGCUAGGCCCGAAAUCUGAGGAGGAUGGUAAACAGAGGUCUGGCAAGAAAGAGGACAGAAAGAAGAAGGCCAAAGAUCGCCAGGAGAAAUUGAUGGCACAGUUUGCCUCCAAACAGAAAGCUUUUAUGGAACAAAACUUUGAUACAGAUUUGCCAGAUGACAACAGUAGUACGACGACAGAGAAACCUGACACAAGACAGGUCCUGGAUGAGAAGGAGUUUGACUGUGUGAUCUGCGGUCAUAGUUCACCGUCCACUGCAGACAAACCCAUCGGUCUGGUGGUGUUAGUCCAAGCCUCCAGUGUGUUGGGUCACAGACUACAGACAGAGGACCCUAUCCAACUACCUGUCGAAGGAGAAAAGUUGAUAACCACACCUAUUUCUUGUGAGUUGACGCAGAAAAGACAACUGAAGGCCUUGUUUGAACACUUUGAAGAGACAUCAUGUCAGAUGUCCGUGAACAUAGGCUGGGAGGGCGGUGUGGUGGUGCAAACCUGUGGCCACUACCUCCACCUGGACUGCCACAGCUCCUAUGUGGCAUCGUUAACGACCCAAGAGGUAAACCAAAACUUACUGGUCAGCAAGGGAGAGUACUGGUGUCCACUCUGUCGCCAACUAGCAAACUCGGUCAUCCCCAUCAUCCCAGAGGAGAGCAAGUACACGCUGGUGAAGCCGGUCAGUCCAGUCCUAACACAGAUGGUCAAGGACAUCGCUGAGAUGAUGAUACGAAGACCCAUCACGCCGCGGUCAUCUACACUGACCAAGACCAUGGGCAGUGUUAUGGAGGAUCUGACCAACGUGACGUACAGCGUGUACAAAACCUACACCACAUCCCAGUCAUCAGAGAGUGUCCUACUCUUUGUGUGUUCUGUUGCCAGAUCUAAUUUGGAGAUAGAACUGUUACAACGAGGUGGGGAACUAUGUCCAGCAACAUCAGUGGGACGGAAACAAAGCUUCUUGCCCCUGACCCAUGUCCUGAGUAUGCACAGCAAAAUACUGACCACCAAACCCUACACUGACCUCUGGUCACACAUCACAGGAGUCACCUGCUCUGAAGGGGAGUCCAGCAGUGUACGGCCGUAUAACAAGGAAGUACCAGUGAUACUGAAGGACUGCUCUGCCCUCCUUAUACAGCUCAUUCUCACCCUGCCCGCAACAAUAGAGAAAGAACAUUUCAUUGUGCUGACCAAGAUGCUGUAUAACGUGGUAUUCGUACAAGCCCUGGCCUGUACCAGCUGUAAGUUCACCAUGGACGAGCGAGAGGCGUGGAGAAAGAAAGGCCGCAAGGUAUCGUUUGAAAGUCUGGAGGGGAUGUUAAGUCAUGUGAUUACAAGGUUAGAGGUCAGCAGGCUGUACGAAGACGUUGAUAUGCAGGAUAUCGGAAUACCAGCAAUAUGUCAAAGUGUGUGGUCCCCUCACUGCGUGGACAUGGCUGUCCAGGAUUUCUGUCUCCCAUUCCUCAAGAUCGCAGCUCUCGUACGACAUCACAUCUUUGAACAGGAGUUUCCGGAGAGAACUCCAAACAUAACAGAAUUCCAGGAGAUCUGUCAGUUCCUUGGACUUAACAAAGUUGGCACGGCAAUCACAACUCCGGGUCAGGUGACCAGUUCCUCCAUCGUUCAUUGGCUAGUACCUGAACCCUUAACUCUCGUGAGGGCAUGGUGUACGGACUUGACAAACUUUAUAAACAGUCACCCCAGUGAUGCCAAGAGCCUGUUGUUGAGGAAUCCAACAUGGUACCCGCCUCAGCUGAUUGCUCUACCGCGUCACUACUACAAGAUCUUCCAGGCUUACAACAACGCCACCUGUUCUAUGUGUACGAAUGUACCCAAGGACCCGGCCCUCUGUAUGGUUUGUGGCCACUUCCUGUGCUUCCGUCAGGCCUGUUGCCAACAGCAACGGAUCUACGAGUGUGUGAGACAUUCCAUUGAGUGUGGGGCGGGGACAGCAAUGUUUCUGCUGGUCAACUCAAGUGUCGUGGUGGUGAUUCGCGGGCCGAGGGCCACACUCUGGGGAUGUGUCUAUCUGGACGAACAUGGCGAGGAGGACAGAGACCUCAAGCGAGGCAAGCCACUGUUCCUCAGCAGUGAGAGAUAUAACCUCCUACAACACCAGUGGAUCUCACACAACUUUGACCACACUUGUAAGCGCUGGAUCUGGCAUCAGGAUCGCCUGUAAACACCAGGUUUUCCAAUUGGAGUUUCCUGUAACCAUUCAAAAUAUAGUUUGAUUGUUACCAAGAUCGCCUGUAAACACCAGGAUUUCUAUAGGAAUUUCUUGUAAACAUUAAGAAAUUAAUGUAGCUUUAUUCUGGUUCUAGGAUCGUCCCUAUGCAGCAGGAUUUCCUGUAAGAAUUUCCUGUAAGAAUUUCCUGUAUCCAUUUGAGAUGUAGCUUGAUUCUGACACCAGGAUCGUGCAUUUGCAUGGGAAUUUCCUGUAAGAAUUUUCCUUUGAUCAUUCAGGAGGUAGCUUGAUCGAUACCAAGAUUGCCUGUAAACACCAGGACUUGUGACUUGAAUUGAAUGCAGUACCAGUAUCAUCUCUAAGCAACAUGAUUUUCCUGUAAUCAUUCAACAUGAAGCUUGAUUCUAGCAUCAGCAUCAUAAGAUCUCUAACCGUCAGGUUUCCUGUAACUUUUCAAGAUAUAGCAUGAUUCUCGUAUCAGGAUUGCCUGCAAAUGUCGUACCAGGUCGCAAUAGCUUUAACCGUUCAGGAAAAGACUUGAUUCUGACAACACAAUUGUCUGUAAGGUACAGAACCAGGAUUGCUGUAAGUGUUUCGAGAUACAACUUGAAUAUGGCACCAUGAUUGCCUUUGUGUUUUAUACGGUACCAGGACCAUGGCCACUGAGCCGGCCGGGUGAGGUGUAGGUUGAUUAUGGCUUUAAAAUUUACAUUACAGACGUAGCUUGCUUCUGGUUCCAAGAUGCCUGUAUAAAAUACAGCUUGAUUUCCGUGUUCAGAAUGCCUGCUAAAUAGCGGUACAGUGUAUGUAUUUACUUACAACCAACACGUGCUAUGUGGAUGUAGACCUGUGAAUGCUGUAUUUAUGCUAGUACAGCUUCUCUCCGUGUUAUUCACCAGUGUAGGCACUGCAUCUGUAACCGACUGCUGUAACCUGUUCUGCCUGUAACCACUGGGUAAAAACCAUGCUGCAUCCAUCCUGUAAAGGAUAAAACAUUGCUGAAAUCUGUUAACGAUAUUGGCCUUUCUGUUGAUAUGAUUCGGGGGCUAUAUACCAAUAUUUGAUUGCAAUAUUUUCAGGGGUACAGUAUGACAAACAUAAAUCUACCAAAAACCAGGUCAGACUUAUAUUUAUGUACAUGUUUCGCAUCAAACAAUUCUGUUAAACUAAUUAUUAACGUGUUCUUUUCCCCCUCCCAGUGUUGAUCAAACCAGUUACUGGAACAGAAGAUAUAAUCCUUGACUCCCACAGGGUCUAAGUGGAAACCGAUACCCUGUUAGCUUUAUAUAAUCAUAUUUACUUGCGGACUGUGAUACAAGACUGCGUAAGACUUUUAAUUAUAGAUGCUAUUAUUUUUACUUUCCUUGUGGAAGUGUUUGUUGCAUACUUACAACGUAUAAAAAGGGUAGAUAUCUAUGUCAAUAGUGAAUAUGUUUGACCUGCUUGCUGUGCUAUUAUAGUUGGAGGUACUACAAGUGUAUAUAGCUCUCUGGUCUGUGUAUAGGUUUCCAUUGAAGGCCAUGCAUACAACUACAAUCCCGUUUUCCUUGUUGAAAGUUGCAAAAUUGAAACCUUGGCUGAGGUUACAAGUUAGCUACUCUUAUAUAUUCACUUUCUGAUCAAAACUUGAAAUGUAUUGUACAUAUGUUGUCGUAAGCGAUGACAUUGGGCGAGUAUGUCUUCAAGUAUCUGUAAUUUCUCCACACCUACAAAAUGUACAGGAAGUUGUUUAGGUUAUCAGAUGAUUAGGGCAUUUCAGUUUCUUGCUGCAUAAUAUAAGCAGACAUAUUUUUUUUAUUUUUUUUAUACUCCAUCCUAUUUCAUCAAAGUUCUGUUACGGAACAACAGAUUUUGAAUAUAUGAUAAUUGUAAUUAAACAUAAAUACAUUAAGUAUGCCUGUCCUGAGAUUUUAAUAAUCAUCCUCAUGUAAUUAGGCCAUCCUUAAAACAUUGUUUUGUUUGCAGUUGACCUGCUCACGUUAUUAGUGAGUCAGUCAGGAGACUGAAAACAAACAUUCUCUUAACAAUGGCCUAAACACAAAAAUACUCAUAAUUCUACAUAUCCUUAAAAACAAUAUUGAAAACCUCAAUUGUGUCCAUGUGAUUAAUCCAGAGGUAGCUGUGGAUACGACUAGAUGCAACAUAUUGGUUUAAAUAUAAAAAAUAUAUAUAUUUUACAACAAUUAUGAAACAAGAUAAUUCAACUUAAAUUAAUCACCCCAAUUAUAGCAUGUGUGGGGUCUUAUGUGGUUGGGUGGUGCAGCAAGGCCUCCAGGGUAUAGGGUCACCUGCCCAACCACUAACAAUAUAAAAUGUAAAUAAUUUGUUUCGUAAUUGUUGUACAAUAAAUAAAGUUUAUAUAUUCACAUUUGUUUCAUUGGUAUACAAGGAUUUUUUUGUCCCAGGUUUAACAUUUGCCUUUAACACCCUUCCAUAAUUUGGGGCUAAUUUAUCACCAUAACAAAUUUAGUUUUCAGAAUGAUUUACAUAGUGAUUCCCUGGGAAGGGUGAAUUCAUUACUGGGCAGAUAUGGGUUUGCGAGUGAAGGGGUAAAUUUAACUUAGUGAACAUUUUGCAUUAAUUAUACAGUUGUCAUUGCUGGCGGCCUUAUCCAGAUCCUUACUAUUGGCCAUUUCAUCUUAAUUUUGCUUUUACAAAAAAAAUCACAUGUUAAUUUUUUGCUAGUGGUGUUACACAUUUCAUACACGAAUCAAAUUGUGUAAGGAAUUUUAAAUACAUGCCUCAGCUUUCUAUUCAUACAUGAAUGAUUUGUUUAGGGAAUUUUAUGUAGAUUUAAAACGUCUUUAUUUAAUGCAGAAAGUUUACUUACUAACUAGUUGGUUCAAAAAUACUCAAGAAUAUUUCCUUUUCAAGAUAGUGGUUAAAUAGUUCAGGAUGAAUUGAAUUAUUCAUUAAGCAUUCUUGAUAUGCAGUUUAGAAAAUGUUCACAAAAUACUUGAAUGCACAAUCAUCUUGUUAUGCAAAUUGAUAAAAAAAAAUAUCUCACCAAUUAUAAUUAUAUUGUCAUUGUCAUAUUGUAGUUCUAUAUCAUCACUUUUUAACAUAGUUUUAUCACUUUUCGAUUUGAGUGCAAUGAAUGAUCAUGACAUGCAAAAUUUUGCAAAAUUGUGUGUAGUUGUUCAACAGUGAGUUUUUGGAGGCUUUAUUGACUUUUAAUUAAUUUAAACUUAAAUGAUGUGUACCAAUUAUACUGUCUAUGUUAUUGUCAAAUCUUGUGAUACAUGUGCUCAAGUGCUGUAAACGAGGUAAUAACCAUUGAAUAUGAUGCAUACUGUAGAUUGUUUUUUUUUAAAUAUUUUUUGAAGUUAGCCAUUUGUGUUUUAACUAUUCCGUCAUUGCGUAUUGCAGAGUUAUCUUCUCUUGUGAGCAGGUAUUGAUUGUAACGUCAUUGGUUUGUGAGA